AUGGAACGCGGAGUUGGUAGAUCAAGUGGGGAAGACAGGAUAAGCUCAUUACCCGAAGAGUUGCUAUGGCUGAUACUUGACUCGUUUACGCUUAAGGAUGUUGUUAGGACAAGUGUUUUGUCUUCUAGAUGGAGAUAUUUUUGGCUACGGGUUCCUAGAUUAGAGUUGAACAUCUCUGACUUCCCAAAUUACGAUACAUGUGUGAGUUUUCUCGAUAAGUUCCAAAACGGAUCAAACUUGUCUGAAUUCAAGUUAAACGUUGUGAGACAUGUCCUGGGCUUUAAGGAAUCUGUGUUUGAGCCGUGUCUUAGUCGAGUUCUUAAGCACAAGAUUCAACGUUUCGAAGUUGUGAAUCGCAUGUAUUGGAUACAGUUGAUACCAUUAACCCUUUCUGUGUGUGAGGCAUUGGUAUGCAUAAGGCUCCAUAUGGUUCGGUUGAAUGAUUUCGGGUCUCUUUCCUUACCAUGUCUCAAGAUUAUGCACUUAGAGUAUGUUCAGUUUCCCACAAAUGACGCUGUAGUAAUGCUAGUCUCAUGCUCUCCGGUUCUUGAAGAACUAGUAAUAAUAUCAAACAGGACAACUGAUGAUGUAGGAGACAUUCGCGUCUAUUCAAAGUCAUUAAAGAGCUUAUCUCUAACACUUUGUGGUUCGAUUAGUAACGUUCCAUACGGAGAAGCAGUUGUGAUCGAUGCUCCUAGACUCAAAUAUCUGAGUCUCAAUGGAUGCCAUUGCAGAAACUGCAAAAUAACCAAUAUGGGUGCUUCCAUCAAGGUUGAUAUUGAUGUGACCUUUGAUUCUACUGAUAAUAACUUGUGGCAAAGGAGUAUCGUCCAUAAUUUUUUCAACAAUUUUUCAUGUGCGGGGGAGAUGAUCAUCUCAUGGGAUACUCUUAUGUGCAUCCAAAUUAACAGGGACUUCAACCCAUUACCCAAAUUUCAUGACAUGUCCCGUUUGUGCGUUUCUAUGCCCUCAGAGGCCUCUCCGAAAUUGGUGCCAUCAGUUCUUGAAAGCUGCCCAAAUCUGAAAUACCUUACCAUGAAACUGUUACCUUACAGUAUAGAGGAAGAGAAAUCUGGACCUCCUCCGGCUGUGUUACCUCGUUGUUUGGUAUCGUCCCUUGAAUCUGUUGACAUCGAAAGCCCGAUCACGCGGAAAGCAACUGAACUGAAACUGGUUAGAUACUUUCUGGAGAACUCAGCAACACUCAAGAAGCUUGCGCUACGUUUGGAUCAUGAGCGUACUCGAAACAAACACAAGCGUGGUGUCUUGAAACAACUCUUUGAAAUACCAAGACGCUCUAAUUUGUGUCAAUUUGUCAUUCUUAAAACAACUCAUUAG